AUGAAUGUUGAUUGUGAUGAUAAUACUUUGGUCGAUUAUAUAAUAAAUGAAAAUUUUUAUAAAGAGCUAGAAAUAAAAGAAUUUCCAGAUUUUACAGAGCCUCAGAAUAAUGACCAUAAAAAAAUAAAAAUACCACGUAAAUCCCACCAAUAUAAACCACGUAACUACAAUAAAAAAUUUAAAGAACUAAACUUUAGUAUAGUCGGGGGUUUUAAAAUACUCACCAUAACUGUAGACUCGCUACGUAUAUCUCAGUCCGAGGUUGCUGAAAUUCUUGAUGUCAAUGUCUCUGUUCUUAGUAGAGCUUUUAGGGAUGCUAUCUCUAAUAUAGACCAACUUUCCCAUUUGGCUUAUAGCAGAAAUAAAAAUCUUUGGCCAUAUAGACAAGGUUCAGGAGAAAUUAUGAAUUAUGUAAAAAGUAAUGCUUUACCAAUUCUUACAAUGUUUUUAAAAUUAGAACUUGUACCAACAAAGAGUCUUGGUGACUUUGUUUUGGGUAUGUCUAUUUCGGAAGCUUUGAAUAUAGUUAAAAAUAAUAAUGUUCAAAUUAAUACUGUACAAAUUAUAUUUAAUGAUAAUGAUCCAUUAAGUUUAGACAUAGUUAUAAAAUUAAUUGAUGAUGGGGUUUUAUUAAGAUUUGAACCAAAACUUCAACGUUUAAAAGUUAUAGAAAUUUUUGAUGUCAAGAAAUUAUCAUUAAGUUACAGGGGUUCAGUUUUUAAUCAAGAGGAUCACACAGCUACAUUUGUUGAUAUUUAUUCAAAAUUUGGACCAUCAUACCCAGGCGAUUUUAAUUUAGAAAAAAGCAUUUACCACCUUCACUAUCCAGGACUAUCAUUUAGCUUUAGAAUACCACCAGAAUUUAAAUCAUUAUACGAAGGAACAGAGCUUCCUGUAGAAUUACCAGAUGGAAGCACACCAUUAGUUGAAAAGAUAUUUAUUUAUAACUCUUUACAAAUGAAAACACCCUUAAUUGUUGUACCACACUUUAAUGAAGAAAUUAUAGUUUGUCCAAAUGAAGGAAUCUAUUUCACAAAAAGAAACUGUAUGCUAACAUUUAAAUCUACAACACAAGAUGUAUUAAGCGAACUUGGUCCACCAUCAAAAAUCUAUCAUAAAGAAGAAGACAAUAUGAAAAUUCAUACAAGCGUUGAAGGUUCUAUAGCACAGGAUUACUUUUAUAACUACUUUUAUUUAGGUAUUGAUAUUUUAUUUGAUAUCAAAAAGAACGUCAUAAAGAAGUUUAUUCUCCACACAAAUUUCCCAACCCAUUAUGAAUUUAAUUUCAACAAUCAAACACCAAAUUGUUCAUCGAUUAUAUUCAAUUCAAUAAAGAAUCACUUAUCAGGUAAAACAUUAAACCAAAGCGUCUCUUCAAACUCGACACCUUCAUCAACCUCAACAACUUCAUCCUCACAACAUCAGCAACAUGAAAAUAAUAGUAAUAACAACUCACAGCAAUCACCACUUUCAUCAUCACCUUCUAAUUUAUCAAUAUUACCAGCACAACCAACCACCGACCCAAAUAAUAAUGAAUACCAUUUAGAUCCAACCAUAAAUUUUGUGCACCCAGACCUUAAAUGGGAUGAUGUUCAAAAGAUAUUUGGAAAAGGUGGAAAACCAGUUGUAAACAAUAGAGGUUCUGUAUCAAAUCCUUUUGGUUCAACUUAUUUCUAUGGAUAUUCAGGUAUAAUUUAUGAAAUUAUGAAAAACAACUACAUAGCUUCAGUUUGUUUAUUUAACGAUAAAAACAAUUCAGUUGAUGAUAACAAUUUAAAUAUUUCACAACAACAGCAACAACAACCACAACAACCACAACAACAAAAACAAAUUAAAGGUAAUCAAAAAUAA